CCGGUGGAGAGGAGCCUAUCCUAGAGUCUUAAUCGCGCGGCCUGGGAGGAGGUGCCAUGACAAGCCCAACCGGAGGGCUGGAGAGGGCUAGAAGGGCAGACGGGGCGUGCAGCCUCUUCCGCCUGGAGCCCGGAAGGGUGAUGUGGCUGCGGCACCGCCGGCCUCGCUAUGUCUGCCAUUUUCAAUUUUCAGAGUCUAUUGACUGUAAUCUUGCUGCUUAUUUGUACCUGUGCUUAUAUUCGAUCCUUGGCACCCAGCCUCCUGGACAGAAAUAAAACUGGAUUGUUGGGUAUAUUUUGGAAGUGUGCCCGAAUUGGUGAACGGAAGAGUCCUUAUGUUGCAGUAUGCUGUAUAGUGAUGGCCUUCAGCAUCCUCUUCAUACAGUAGCUGGGGAAAAUGCUAGAAUAUAAUUGCCAUCAGAUUUCAUUGUGAACAAGGACUUAUUGCAGAAAAUAAUGGAAAGGAUGGUUAACUCUUUUAUCUCCGAACAUUGAAUCAGAUACAUUUGUAGAUGCUGUUCUCUAUUUUUAUGUUAUUGGACCAAUGUUCUAUAUAAAUAAUUAAGAUGUAACCAUUUAAUACUCUGUAACAAUCAACCUCAGUACUGUCACUACAAUAUUACAUUCUGCAAAUGUCAUUCUGUUGUGUCAGAUACCAAAUUUUAGUGAGGUAUCACUAAGGCACAUAGUAGAAAACAAAAUUGGUUAAUUACUCAUGUUCCUUUCACUGUGAUUUGGAAAUGAUUUAAUUUUAUAGAAUGAGACCCUUUUUUGGACUAGCUUUUUUAUUAAAAUGGCUCAAUUUGUGUUGAUAAGGAUUGCUUUCAUAUAAAUAGUGCUUACAUUUCCUCUGAGCACACCAUUUUGAUCAUUAACCAGAGUACCUGUACUCUUAGAAAACUCUAAUUUAUGACUAUUUAAAAUAUUUAAAACAAGCAUAUGGAGUUCUUAAGGAGGAAAAUAAAUGAGCUGUAACUUAAAAGUAGUAUUGGGAAAAUGUUGGUAUUUAACAUUAGUGGAUUUAGACUUAGCCAAAUGGCAUAGCAGUCUCUGAAACCUUUUGUCAAGAAUAGGUAAGCACCUCUUGUGCAUGAGUUUUUACCAGAGAGCUGCCUGUCUGAAAAACAUAACAUUCUUAGAAUGAAAAGGACAAUUAUAAAGUAAUUAUACUAUAUGUGUUUUUCAUUUUAGUGUCUCAUCUUCAAAAAUGAAAUAUUUAUUUUAAUUGCCCUAAACAAACUAUAUUUUUGUUUUGUUUUUUGAGGCACUUUAAAUCCAGUUUGUGUUUUGUCAUGUUGAAUUCGAAUCUCUUAUUACUUUGGAGGUGAUAAAUAGCUUUCAAAUCUACUAAACUGUAUACUGUGGCAUAAGUAUCUUUGAGCCUUGAUAGUGAAAGAAAACCAACAAUUUUUAGUCUAGGCAAGAGAAACAUUAGGAAUGUGACUUCUAAAUUUUACAAUAGAGCAGUUAUUUUAAGUUGAUGGUUAAUAUUUCUUAAUAUUCAACUGAAAUUCAGUUAAAAUGUCGAAGCUAAGAGGAACUUAAAUCUUAGCUAAAAAUUACCUGUUGUAGGAUUACAUUGUUCGCAGCCAUUAAUUCACCAUAAAGGUAAAAUGAAGAAACUCUCCCAUUUAAAAAAAAAUUAUUUCUAAAUUAAUCUGCAAGUAUUUAUGCAGAAACAAAGUAUCGAACUGAAAGCCACCUAUUUUAUUUUAGACUAAUUUAAACCACCUGGAAUGGAUUCUAGGAAACAAGUAAAGCUUGUGUGCUGCCUGUGGU